AUGAUUAUGGUGCAUAGUUCGCUGUGCCAAGCGAAGGACAUUCGUUUCAACGAGGACCAACGCCGAUCAGCCUUGGACAGCCUGUCUAAGACCGACAGGGAGUUCGUCGGGCCGUGCACCAUUGGCGUCAGUAAAUUGGGGCAGAGAGGCACAGGGCCUAGGGAAGAGCUGCCCUCCCUGUCGGCAAUUUGCUGUUGCCAGCUGGAGGGAUGGCAGUCGAAGGCCUAUGAUCAGCAAGAAAUGGAGGACUGCCUUCGCUCUGCCAUGGAGAAAGCGUUGCAGGCUGAAUUUCCACAGCAGAAGGGCACGCGUCCCCAAAGAGCCACUGAGAUUUGGGAUCACCGCAAGGCUCUGCGCAAUAUCCCUGAGGCGCUACUGGCAUUCGCGGAUCUGCACCGGCAGCUCAAGCAGCGGAUAGUAUGGCGCACCUGGGCGGCUCUCGCACGACAGAGCGCGGAAGCUCGAACAGCCAAGCAGCGGAAGUUCGCUCAGCGCCAAGCGUUGAUCGACGAGCAACUUGGCCAAGCAGAAGCCAAAAGCGCCAGGGAUGGGAGCCACUCCCUCUACAAGGAACUGUUCGGGAAGGGCGAGGACUUCCAACUAGUCACCUCCUCGGAGGUUGUAGCUCACCUCCGCUCCAUCAAGUUAGGACCCAUAGCCCAGCAGCAUGUAGCUCUCCUCCUGAAACGAGGAGGCACAAACCUCGCGAUUGGUCUCUCAAUUCGGCUUCGUGCCGGGGCGCGGAACGGAGGAGGCACAGUCAGCGUCAUGCGGGCCGAGGCCUUCGAUAUGGUAGAUAGGCGCAGGCUGCGGGAGGCUCUAGAGUUGGCAGCAGCAGACCCAUUCUUUAUCGAUCUAGUGGGCAAAUUGCACGUAGAGGCUUUCUACGAAAUGACGGCUAGUGACCAAACCUUCAGCGUAGCCACUAAGCGGGGCAUCAAGCAAGGCUGCAAGCUGGCACCAUCCCUAUUCGCCUUUGCAACCUUCCUUCUGAAUCGGGAGGUGGGUGAACACUGCGACAUUGAGGCUCUCAAGCAAAUCCUCACAAUGUACGCAGAUGACACCUUGCUUCAAAUGCACUUCGAAGAUCUGCCUCAACUGCAAGAAGCGCUGCGGUUGUGUGACUUGCUCCUGGACCAGCUCACGGAGCUGGGCUUUAAGGUAAAUCCUGAAAAGUCGGCUCUGCUUCUUCAGCUGCACGGCGGCUCGGCGCAGCAGAUCAGAAACAAACUGAUCCUAACCAAGAAAGGCGAAAAGUAUGUGCAGUUGCCGUCAGGCCGACUCAUUGCGCUAAAAACGCAGGUUCCGUAUCUGGGGAUAAUCAUCUCCUAUCACGAUUAUGAGAUGCAGUCCCUGAGACAUCGCCUGCAAGCCAGCAAAGCCGCAAUGAAGGACUCACGGAACAAGGCCUCGCGGCGCUAG